UUUCGUUAAGGAUGCUUUUAACCAAAUGUAGUCUUACUUUGCACAGAAAUCCAUCGGGCGCACUGAGACGGAAAGUAAAUUAAUAGGAGGCUACAUCAGUGUUACACAGAUCCUCUAUCUGUAAACAGAGUCUGGGAAAAAGGCUUUAUGGUAUCUAAUGGAUGUGUUCAGAGGGCGAAUAUGCCGAACCUCUCCUACAAGCUUGUGCAUAGAAAUGUCGAGAGACGCUCCAUUGAUCUGACAGCCCGCUCUCCAAGCCUCUGUAGCAAGGCUUCUGGAGAGAUAGAUUUGCAUCGCGACCCUUGCUAAUUGUUUAAGAUGUAAUUUGCCGAAAUAUUGGUUAAUUUAGCGAACGCGAUCUGCAUCCGGCCAGUGAGAGAAACCAUUGUGCAAUCAUCUCUAACAUACAAUGUCGCUCACGCUUUGACUCAUAUUUGCAAUAGCACAGACUUAUAUACCGGCGACUGUCGUGUGUAUAUUGGAAACGGAGGGAAGAUGUGCUGAGCAGACCCUAGGCAGGCAUGCGCUAAAGUGAAUGUGAUGUGGACGCCUUAGUAUGCGCCAGGCAGUAGUGAAAGUAAUUCUCAAAGUAUGUUCAAGAUAGACACCUAUUCUCGAGAGAUCAGGAACAAAGAAAAAUGGCAUUAGUGACACUAUUGUACUUACAAUUUACGCUUUUGAUGUUGUGUCUUGCUUCGGACGACAACACCGUUCAAAUAGCCGUCAUCCAACACACCGAAUCGGAAGACUUUAACGAACUACAGACCGCCCUGGAGUAUACAGUGAGAUCCAUCAAUGAGCGCAACUUAAAUUCGAAUGUGUCGUUUGAUGGAACCAAGAUCGAAGUGGAUCUGAGAGACAGUUACGCUGUCUUGCAAAAAUUAUGUCAGACGAUCGAGAAGAAGCCUGUACAUGCUAUUGUUAUCCUUGGUCCUGAGUCGAGUCAAGAUAUUGUUCGAUCCUUGGUCCAAAACGAGAAUGUGAUGCUUCCUUUAUUUCUGCCGACGGCCCUUGGUAACACCUCUAGUACAGAACAGCGUUACCAGAUCAACAUGAUGCCGUCCUACAUACUAGCCAUAAUGGACAUAGCACGUUUCUACGGAUGGGAUAUGCUCUACUAUAUUUUUGACUCCGACGAAGGGUUGCAGCGUCUUCAAAACCUGUACGGUGUUGCCGAAGGCCUAAGUAAAACCCUCCGAUUUACCAUCCGACCACGUCGUAUAACAAAUGUAUCAGAUUGUUACGAGUUACUGAGAUCGCUGGAUAGGGCGGACGCUGAAUUGGAGGUUGCAAUGGCCAAGAGAAUUGUCCUAGACCUGUCGUCAAAACAAGCUUAUAAUAAAACCCUAGAACAGAUUAUAAACGUUGGAAUGAAUAGAGAUUCUUACCACUAUAUAAUAGGCGGGUUGGGUAUAGACGAGCUUGACCUGGCCCAAUUUGAGUACGGCGGUGUCAAUAUUACUGGUUUCACCGUCAUCAAUACGGCAGCGGCGUCAUACACGGAGUUACGUAACAGGAAUAAAGAACUUUACUUCAACCUCUAUCCGAAUACACCCAAUUUGUUGUAUAAGCAGGCACUCGUGAUCGACACCCUGAAUUUGAUACAUGAAGGGUUUGAUCAGGUAAAACGUGAAAUGAAUGGAAAUUUAGCUCUUCACAAACGAGGUUGUACUUCCAAUCGAUAUUUACACUUCUCCGGAAGCGGAAGGGCGGGGCGACGGGGAGGUUCCGGUAGAGCGGAACGGGAACAGGUUAUGCGAAUAUUCCGGGAGACACGACUUCGUGCUGACGAAAGUUUGACAGGGACACUGGCGUUUGAUGAGAAGGGCAUGCGUACAGACUACACCCUAGACGUGCACCAGUUAGAGUACAAGAAACACCUGGAUAAGGUCGGGACUUGGUCUCCAAACGGUCCGCCGCAUCUUCGUUUUCAAACCCAUCUCAAGUCACCGGUUACUGUGCCUCGCCAUGAAACAUCAAAGAAUAGAACUUGGCGGAUCGUAACGAUACAGGAGGUUCCGUUCGUCCAAUUUGCUUCAUCAACUGAAAACGGAGAAAAUAGCAAUGCGCCAAUGAUUGGUAACAGGAGGCUUGAAGGUUACUGUAUAGACGUAGCUGAAAAGGUGAAACACAGAUACAAAAAAGAAUUCGACGAAGACUUCGAGUAUACGAUACAUUUAAACGAUAAGUUUGGCAGUGUGAAUGAAACCACUCACAAAUGGAAUGGUUUGAUCGGGGAACUGAUUGAUCACACGGCGGAUCUGGCACUCGCCUCCUUGACGAUAAACAAAGAAAGAGAGAGGGUUGUAGACUUUACAAAGCCAUUUAUGAAGCUUGGAAUCAGUAUAAUGAUCAAGAAGCCCGACAAACAGAAGCCAGGAGUGUUUUCCUUUAUGAGCCCAUUAUCGAACCUCGUCUGGAUCUGCGUCAUGAUAGCAUUUCUGGCCGUUAGCUUAGUUCUGUUUUUCGUCGGUAGAUGGAGCCCUUACGAAUGGCAGGAAGAAACCUCUUCUAAAGAUCAUACUACAACAAAUGCUUUUACGUUUUCAAAUACGCUUUGGUUUUCAUUAGGGGCUUUAAUGCAGCAGGGAUCUGAUAUAUUCCCAAGAUCAUUUUCCGGGAGAAUAGUUGGUAGUGCCUGGUGGUUCUUUACAUUGAUAUUGAUUUCCUCCUAUACCGCUAACCUUGCCGCCUUUUUGACUAUUGAGCGACUUGUGACGUCCAUUAAGAGUGCCGAUGACUUAGCUAAGCAAACUGAAAUUGAAUACGGGACAUACCAGGGCGGAGCUACGGAGAGAUUCUUCAAGGAAUCACGUGUACCUGUAUACCAAAGAAUGUGGAUGUACAUGAAUGCCAACGCAGACAGGGUUAUGGUUGAUCAUAAUCAUUUAGGAAUUCAAAAAGUCAGGGAUUCUAAAGGAAAGUAUGCUUUUCUGCUUGAGUCUCCCCUUAACAAUUACCAAGGACAGAAGAAGCCUUGUAAUACGAUGAAAGUAGGAGAGAACCUGGAUAGCAAGGGAUACGGUAUAGCGACGCCUUUAUAUUCUCCACUUAGAAAAAAGUUAAAUCUUGUGGUACUGAGACUUCGGGAGGAAGGCGAGCUUCAUAAACUGGAGCAGAAAUGGUGGUAUGACAAGGGAGAAUGUGGAGCGAUUAAUUCUAAGGAUGGGGUUAAAAGUGCCUUGACUCUAAGUAAUGUAUCUGGAAUAUUCCAUAUUCUCAUUGGCGGAUUAGUCCUCUCUAUGCUGAUGGCGUUAUUAGAAUACUUGCUUCACAGACACCGUAAAAGGAAAAAGCAACAGAAACAGUAUAAACCUGGCAGUACUGUCAAAAUAGUUAAAAAGGACCCACUGGAGGUUCUCAAGGCCGCAGGGUACACGGAACAUGAGAAUUCGGGGGUAAUUUACACCUAUAAUCCUCCAGAACAGCUGACGACAUUUGAAGGAUCACCAAGUACGAAGCCGGAGCAGACAGUUAUAUAACAGUGUCAAUGGAGGCGUGGCUUCCACGUGUAUGACGUUAAAAUCUAACUAUAUGUUGAUCGGGAGAGGUUGCCAUGCCUACUGAAGUGCAAUCAAAUCGAUGUUCAUGCUUGCAUGCGUUAAAAAGCUGCAAUAAAGAUACACAGGUUUGUUUUGGGAUUGUUCACUUCAUUUAUUCUAUAUUUUUUGGUUUGUAAUCUAAAACGCUAACGGUGGUACACUUCACUGAAAAACACGAGAAAAAGAAAUUUAUCAUAAUAUUGAUAAACUAAUUUAAAUUAUUUAGUGUCUGUAUUUUUUGUUUUUCUUAAGAAAUUAUAAAUUAAAUCAAGGAAUAGAUGGAACUCGAAAGCAAGUACAUAUGAAAGCAUGUCCGGAAUAAGCGUGAAGAAGAGUGUCGAUCGAUAUAAAUGAAUUGACUACAAUUUGAAUGUAUGUAAGUGUGAAAAUAUUACGAAAUUAUAUGUUAAUAGCUCAUAUCAAUGCACAAUCAUCCCUGUACAAACACAUGGAGCAUAUAUAAAAUCAUUUAAGUUAAAUACAUCAUUGUUUACCUUGACAUUAUGGUAACAAAACUAUUUUAUACGCUGUACGGUAAAAAAAUCUGUAAAAUCAAUGAAACUUUCUUGUUGAAAUUGAUUAUUCCUGUACAUUUGUUUUUGUAAAUAUGUAACUUUUAAUAGAUAUAUUAUUAUAAAACAUCAGGUCGUGCUUGUGUUUCACUCAAAACUGUAUCUUUCCUUUUAAUACUGUUGAUACGCAAAAAUGGAAAUUUUCGCAUAAAUUCGCGUUGAGUUAAUUAGCGAUAAAUAUUCACACACCGAUAUUCAUUCCUAUAUAGAAAAUAUAUAUAUAUCACAACUAUUGCCAACACGAAAUUUCCACUUUCAAGAUAAAUUGUCACUAUGUCGAAAUUUCCACUUUCAAGAUAAAUUGUCAAUAUGUCGAAAUUUCCAGUUUCACGAUAAAUUGUUCAUGUGUCGAAAUUUCCACUUUAACGAUAUAUUGUCCAUGUGUCGAAAUUUCCAGUUUCACGAUAAAUUGUCCAUGUGUCGAAAUUUCCUCUUUCACGAUAAAUUGUCCAUAUGUCGAAAUUUCCUCUUUCACGAUAAAUUGUCCAUAUGUCGAAAUUUCCACUUUCACGAUAAAUUGUCCAUAUGUCGGUUUUAAUUUUCUUUGAUAGAUGUCUAACUUUUGAAACUAUAUUUCUGUUGAAGAUAUGGAGAAAUCUGAAUGCUUAUCAAUUGAAAAUCCAUUGUUAAAUAUUUGUUAAUUGUGAAAAUGUUUUAUUUGAGAAAGCGUUAAUAUUUGUACACAUUUUACCUUAUUUGGUUUGUAUAGUGGCACGUACAGUUUCUUUUUAU